AAACCGUUAGAACCCAAAGAACAUGUUAAUAUAACAAUAUCAUUAACUGAACAAAUAUUUAAAGAGGUUAAAACUGUUUAUAGUUAUUACGGUAGCUUAACCACACCACCAUGUACCGAAGGUGUUCGUUGGUUUGUUUCUCCAGAUGUGCUAAGCAUUAGUCCAUCCCAAUUUAAAUCCUUAAAGUAUGUAUUGAAAUACAACGCCCGAUUUACACAAAAACGUCUUGAUGGUGGUGAACCAACGUCACACGAACCGUGGAAGCCCAAGUUUGCACAUUGA